CACUCACAAUAUUUUGAUCUUGAUAUUCAAUUGAGGCGACACCCCCAACCAGCCAAAAUCACCGCCUCCUCGGUGCUCCCGCCUCUACGUUAAUCAACCUGGACCAGGAUUCGCAGAACUGCUUGCGAACACAUACGCCGUCAUACUAUGUUUAGCCUAGACUCGCGCGCGUUUUCCCUCUGGCCUCGGUUCCACAGCCUAUCCUAGAGCCACCAGGCAGCCGCGCCGUCUCACGCCCAAAACCAUACUCAUCGCAAGGCGGCGAAUCGCCCAUAUCCUUUCAGCCAACUUCCACCAUGACGACCUCCGCCUCUCGCACAACCCCGUCGGGGUCUUCCUACCCCUCUCCAGCGCCGUCGCAACACUCUGCUCUCAGCAAGAAGCCGAUCCUGCGGACGCAGCAGCCGGUGCUUGCCGCCAAGAGGAAACGGGGCGCCGACUCUGGAGAUAGCCCCGACAGCAGCCCGACGAAGCGACUCAAACGUGUCGCCUUCGACUUAGCGGCCAACAUGACGGUGGACAUCCAAACCAGAACGCUCGAGGAGACCAAGCGCGAGGUCCGGAGGGCCCUCGAGGACCGCAGCCGUGGCGACACGGAGGGCUACGAAGGGCUCAAGUCAGUCUUCCAGAACGACAGACAGCGAUACGUCGCUCCGAUAGUGGGGGAGGAGGAGGACUGCCUAAAGCCGCAAGAGCUCAUCGUCUACGUUGUCGCGCUCUCCACCUGCACGCCACUGCUGGACAAGUCCUGCUCCGACCUCGUCAAGAGCGUGAUGCGAUGCUCAUGGCUCGGCAGAGACGACGCCUUCUGCAAGGCGUACACGCAGUUUCUGGCUGGACUGAUCAGCGCCCAGGGGACGACGCUGGAGAUGGUUCUUUCCAUGACCACGGAGAAGUUUAAGGACUAUCGCGAGUCGGCCUGGAGCGUACCCGACUUUCCAAAGGUCGGCGUCGAGCUAGCGUACGACCGACUCCAUGGCGCGCUCGCAUACAUCCUAAGGCUGUUCCCGGCCGCCCGGGCUGUGCUGUGUAACCUGCUGGCCAAGCACUUCCCCUACCUGGAAGAAUCGAAGCGGGCACACACGUCCUUUGUCAAUAACCUCCUCCGGCUGAGGCGGUAUGCGCCAGAUCUCGGCCAGGAUAUCAUGGAGCUGAUCAUCGACCGUCUUGUCAAGAUCGACGUGCAGGUCCAGUUUGACCUCGAGGACAUGGACGAUGACGUGACGGCAGCCAUAGUGCUCCAGCUCGACUCUGCCAAGACGAGCGACGCGCUGGACCCAGCAGACUCGGACGAUAGCGACACCGAGUCCAUUGCCAGCGACGACAGCGACUUUGAUGCCGAGGCCAACAGGAUAGAAUCCGGGGCCACGACCAUCCAGAAGCUGGACGCCGUCAUGGACACUCUCUUCGAGCUGUACAAGCCGAAAUUCAUGCAGCCCACAUCGGACGAAGCCAAGGAGUGUCUGGCAGACAUGAUAUCCGACUUUGUCAACCUCAUCCUGCCAACGUACAAGUCGCGGCACACUCAAUUUCUCGUCUUCCACUUCAGCCAAUACGCCCCGGAGCUGAUGGACCUGUUCGUCGGCACGCUAUUCAAUCUCGCAUUCGAGUCGAACCGACCCAUGGCGCUUCGACAGUCGGCCACGGCAUACCUAGCCAGCUACGUCGCUCGGGGAGGUCUAGUGCCGGCCGAUAUUGUACAGAAUGUGGUCAACCUCUUGUGCCACCACAUUGACGGCCAGAUGAGGAGCCACAUGGAGGGAUGCCGCGGCCCGGACCUGCGACGCUAUAAGCACCUAUACAGUCUGGUGCAGGCGCUCCUGUACAUCUUCUGCUUCAGAUGGAGGGAGCUCGUGACGUGGGCGCCCGACAUCGUGGAUCAAGAGGACCUUUCGUCGUAUCUCGGGCACGACCUGGAGUGGAUACCUGGCUUCAGGGAGUCGAUGAGCCGGAUGAUUCACAGCCGCUUCAACCCACUCAAGGUGUGCUCGCCAGCCAUCGUGAACGAGUUUGCCGACCUUGCGCGGCACCUCAAGUUCAUGUAUGUGUACCCGCUGCUGGAGAGCAACAAGCGCGUGCACCUCUCGCAGUUUGUCUCGGGCGACUACUCGACGGGCGGCGCCCUCCGAGACACUUGCAGCGACCCCUACGACGAGAAGGCGCUUCAGCUGGAAGCAUACUUCCCGUUUGAUCCCUACCAGCUUCCCAUCAGCAAGCGGUGGAUCAACGAAGAUUAUGUCAAGUGGAAUACGCUGACGGACCCCCUCGAGAGAGACGAGGAUCUGGAUGGCAACGGCAUAUCCGACGUCGAAGAGGACAACGCGGAGAACGGCGAGGAAUACGAAGAAGAGCGUACAGCGACAGACGAUGAGAAUGACGACGACUGAACACGGACCAGGGCUAUUUUCGUUUUCUGCUUCCCUCUUUUCUCUCUCACUUUCUUUUUUAUUCUUGUGUCGGAAAUACCCCAAGGGAUAGGCAAUGCAUAUUACGAGGAGGCGGCGUUUUUAUGGCUUUCUUCUUCAUCUCUUUUUUUUUUCUUUUUUUUUUCUCCUUGACCCUGACUGGUCGUCUAGCAUCGUCGGCGCAAUACAUAUCCAUCGUCAACUCGGAUUUGUCUCGUGGAUCUUUUGCACUUUUCUCUCUCUUUGUUUCUACUCAAUUACAGACACGUGACAGACAGUCAAACAAAAGCAUGUGGGUGGAUAGGUAUGGCCCAGGCCGGUAGAGCAGAUGGAUCAAAUACAGCUCCUGUUGAUUCCAGCUUGGCUCAGCACCACGUGUGGAUGCGUGAGCUGAGAUGUAACACGGC